AUGCCCGAAGACGUAUCUUUCAACACGGAGCGUCAUGUCAAAUACUACCUUCGCUGCUUAAAGACCUUCCUCCCAUCCGCUUACACCUCCAAUGACUCGAAUCGCAUGCUCCUCGCCUAUCUGACCCUCUCCGGACUGGACGUUCUCGGAGUUCUGCAGAGCAAAACGACCCUUGAAGAGCGAGGAGGCUACAUCGACUGGCUGUAUCACUGCCAAGUCCCGACGGGCGGAUUCCGUGGAUUCCCAGGGACAGACUUCGGGGCUGAGCGACGAAACAAGGACAACGAAGCUUGGGAUCCGGCUAAUGUGCCAGCGACAUUCUUCGCACUGGUCAACUUGCUUAUUCUCGGCGAUGACCUGUCGCGCGUGAAGCGUCGGGAAUGUCUACAGUGGCUUCCUACUGUCCAGCGUGGGGAUGGGAGUUUCGGGGAGCUGGUUGGCCCUGAUGGGAGCUUAGGGGGUGCUCGGGAUUUGAGGUACUGUUGUUGUGCUGCAGGAAUACGGUAUAUCCUACGUGGGAAUGAUGGGUUAGAGGGGGUGCCCGAUAUUGAUGUUUCGGGGUUGGUUUCUUUUAUUGAGGCGUGCCAGACUUACGAUGGUGGUAUGGCGGAGUCUCCUUUUUGUGAAUCGCAUGGCGGACAUACAUAUUGUGCAAUUGGAGCCUUGGACUUCUUGCGCAGGUCGUCAAAUGACCUGAACAUACCACUGAUAUCCGCCGGCUCGGAUAAAUUUGAGGCGUUGAUUACUUGGCUGGCUUCCAGGCAGACAGCCCAGAUCGAGGACCCCGAAGAAGAUGAUAUGGAGGAUGAUCAGCCUCAGUCUCAGGGCUCAGAGAUGGCUCCACUUGCUGACAGAGUUCACGAGCUGCUCAAUAUCGAACCGGUCGACGUAGACACAGUAACAUGCGCCGGGUUCAAUGGCCGGUGCAAUAAAUAUGCAGACACAUGCUAUUCAUUCUGGAACGGAGCGACACUAGUGAUGCUCAAACAGUAUUCCGUGGUCGAUGAGGUUCGCAAUCGGCAAUACCUUCUAGAAAGGACCCAACACCUCGUGGGUGGGUUUGGAAAAGGGCCCGGGGAUCCUCCUGACCUUCUUCACUCGUACUUUGGAAUGGUAUCCUUGGCUUUCCAGGGUGAGCCAGGACUCAGCGCCGUUGAUCCCACCAUGGGUGCCACUGAACGAAUAGUGCGGCAUCUUGAAUCACUGCCUUGGCAAUAG